AUAAGACAGUACCUAGAUACUGUUUUAUAUAUCUAAGAACGUCAGGCACGUGGUUCAUCGAUGAGGUGCGUUCUCAAAAAGUGUCGGACUACCUUAUCUAAGUACUCGUUUUCGUGCUAAGUAUUUGUUAUAUAAUUUAUUCAAAAAAGUUCACAACAUAUAUGAAAGACUGUUCCGAAAUCGCAACACGAUUGAUGGUGGUGAUACGUGUAUAUUAGCUGCAAAAAGCCACCGAUAACGAUUCACGAGACGACUGCAACGGACGACGGUUCACGGUAUUGUCAAUAAUAUUAAAUAUUAAUUGAUAGUUAUUCAACAUUUGCCUUACAUUGUGACGACUGACGACGUCCGCAGACUGUGGCUGUGUGGCAAUAAUAAGAAUUUUUAUCGAUUAUUAACUAAAAUCAACACAUGCGAUAACUGCACAACAUUAUUAGACCUCCACCGAGAGUGACAUCCCACGUCCCUACAGUUUAUUUCAGCAAUCUCAAUCAUGGACGACCACAAAGGAUUUGUAAAUAUCAACCUAAACUCGAACGAGUUCAUAUCGUCUCAGUCCAUUGACCACACAAAUAAUACGAAUCCUAAAAACACCGAAGGAUUGUCAAUAACAUACGGCAUUGACGAUAAUCCACCAUGGUAUUUAUGUAUCUUCAUGGCUCUGCAACAUUACCUUACGAUGAUUGGUGCUAUUGUAUCGAUUCCAUUUAUCUUGACACCAGCACUAUGCAUGAAGGAAGAUGAUCCUGCUCGAGGCCAUAUUAUAUCAACUAUGAUAUUCGUAACGGCUAUAGUGACGUUUAUACAAGUUACAUUUGGUUGCAGGCUUCCGAUCGUACAAGGAGGAACGAUUUCAUUUCUCGUACCGACGUUGGCAAUUUUAAAACUACCACAAUGGAGAUGUCCCUCUAGGGAAAGCAUCAUCGAAAUGACAUCUUAUGAUCAAGAAGAACUUUGGAAAGUGCGUAUGAGAGAACUUUCAGGUGCAAUAGCCGUAUCGGCUUUGUUUCAGGUUUUUCUUGGAUAUUCCGGUCUUAUUGGCAAACUAGUCAAGUACGUGACACCGCUAACGAUCGUGCCAACUGUAUCGCUGGUGGGCCUGUCGCUAUUCGAGAACGCUGCCGAAUCGGCUUCCAAGCACUGGGGCAUAUCGAUGGGAACGAUCAUACUACUGACGUUAUUUUCGCAAUUCCUGACCAAAGUCAAGUUUCCGGUCCCGACGUACAGCAAAACCAACGGAUUUUCCAUCAGCAAGUUUAACUUAUUCCAGCUGUUUCCGGUAUUACUAACUAUAACGAUUAUGUGGAUUCUGUGCGCACUGCUCACCAUGUACGAUUACUUCCCAGUUGGACAUCCGGCCAGAACCGAUGUCAAGAUCCGGAUUAUAGGUGAUUCGUCGUGGUUCCGAGUUCCGUACCCCGGUCAAUGGGGUUGGCCAACCGUUAGCGUAGCCGGCGUGGUAGGCAUGUUGGCUGGUGUACUGGCGUGUACCGUUGAGUCUAUAAGCUACUAUCCGACAACGGCCAAAAUGUGUGGAGCUCCGCCGCCACCAGUGCACGCAAUCAACAGAGGAAUUGGAUUCGAGGGACUCGGAACGGUAUUCGCUGGAAUCAUGGGAAGUGGAAAUGGUACCAAUACGUUCGGGGAAAACGUAGGCGCGAUUGGUGUCACAAAGAUUGGCAGUAGGCGUGUAAUACAGUACGCCAGUGCAUUGAUGUUAAUUCAAGGCGUUGUCAAUAAAUUUGGAGCCGUUUUUAUUAUCAUUCCCGAACCUAUUGUAGGAGGCAUGUUUUGCAUUAUGUUCGGAAUGAUAGCUGCAUUUGGUUUAUCAGCUUUGCAGUACGUUCAGUUGAACUCAUCGAGGAAUUUAUAUAUCAUAGGAUUUUCAAUGUUCUUUUCACUGGUUUUACCGAAAUGGCUCGUUGCUAAUCCAAAUGCAAUUCAAACCGGAAACGAAAUAUUGGACAGUGUGUUGACAGUAAUUUGCAGUACAAGCAUAUUGGUCGGUGGUUUAAUCGGCUGCUUCUUGGACAAUACCAUACCAGGAACUCCAGAAGAGAGGGGUCUCAUAGCUUGGGCCAAUGAAAUGAAUUUGACUAGUGAACCGACGACGGGUGAAGAAACGAGUACUUAUGAUUUUCCGGUUGGAAUGAACGCGUUAAGGAAAAUGAAAUGGACAUAUUCAGUUCCAUUUUUACCAACUUACAGACCAAAGAAAAAUUAGAAUUUACAUUAAUACAUAUUUUAUUAACAAGUUUUAUUGUAAAAUUAUACCUACUAUAUUGUUUAUUGA